UGGCAAACGUCCCCGCGACCCUUAAUACCGCAGUAACUCGUAGCUGACGGGACGUCGAGGGUCGCGCUCUCGCGUCAUCGUUUCCGAACGUACGUGCGUACGCGUGCGUCUUUCGCAGAUUCGAGGAGAGCCGAGAGUGUCAACCCCCGAGUUCCCGUGCCGUUGCCCGAAAGCGGACACCAUCGAGAUCUCCCUUUACGAGCAGUGAAAACCCAUCCCCGAGGAUGCUGAAGAUCGUGAAGGUUGGCGCGAACGGGCUCAGGAGGCUGCACAUCAGCAGUAAGAGACGGGCUGCGGUACCGGCGUCGAAGAAGCUUGGAACUAUAAAAUACUUGGAUGCCGCUUUCGGAAGUGCCUUAGAAUUAGAACGCGCGCAAACACGCGAGUACAGCUUCAUUCAUGACAGCCAUUACAUGUAUACCAGGGAUCAGGAUCAAGCCACCAACGCCGAAGAUGUAUUAUUCGACAUGUUCAAAAACGAAGAUACCGAUCUCUUACCGGUGGGCAAGUUCUUGGCUGCUUUGAGGACGACCGGUUUGCGAAACGACGACCCCAGGCUUCAAGAAUUCUCGGACAACCUGCGGAAAGAACAUUUGGCGACUGGAGGCCACGAAGGUGUUUCUCACGAGACGCAGAAACUGAACAGGGAACAAUUCCGAAGGAUCAUAAAUCCGAAUAUAGUACUGAUCUCGAGAGCGUUCAGGCAUCAGUUUAUCAUACCCGAUUGGUCGGGUUUCACGAAACACAUCGAGGACUUCUACUGGAAAUGCAAGUCGAACUCGGAGGGCAAGGUCGCCUCCUAUAUACCCCAGCUGGCCAGAAUGAAUCCAGAUUACUGGGGUGUCUCGGUGUGCACGAUCGAUGGACAGAGGUUCAGUAUCGGCGACACAUCCAUUCCAUUCACUCUACAGAGCUGCAGUAAGCCAUUGACAUACGCGAUAGCUUUGGACAGGCUAGGGCAAGAAGUCGUUCACCAAUACGUCGGACAAGAACCAUCGGGGAGGAACUUCAACGAGUUGGUGUUAGAUUACAACAAGAAGCCUCAUAACCCUAUGAUUAACGCGGGCGCGAUAUUGGUCUGUUCUUUGCUGAAGUCGUUGAUUAAACCGGAGAUGACACUCGCGGAGAAAUUCGACUUCACGAUGAACUAUUUUAAGAGAUUGGCCGGUGGAGAGAAUCUUGGCUUCAACAAUGCCGUGUUCUUGUCGGAAAGAGAAGCCGCUGAUAGAAAUUACGCACUUGGCUUUUACAUGAGGGAACACAAUUGCUACCCGGACAAAACAAACUUGCGGGAAAUAAUGGACUUCUACUUCCAGUGUUGCUCGAUGGAAGCGAAUUGCGACACAAUGGCGGUGAUGGCGGCUACCCUCGCGAAUGGCGGUAUAUGUCCUAUCACCGAGGAGAAGGUCUUGAAACCUGACAGCGUCAGAGAUGUCCUCAGUCUGAUGCACAGCUGCGGCAUGUACGAUUACAGCGGACAGUUCGCGUUCAAGGUCGGAAUACCAGCUAAAUCCGGAGUGUCGGGAAGCCUUCUCGUGGUUAUACCGAACGUAAUGGGAAUCUGCACGUGGUCGCCACCGCUGGAUCCCCUCGGCAACUCCUGUCGGGGCGUGCAGUUCUGCGAGGAGCNNNCAUCCCGUCCCGAUUAGUGUAGCACCUACUAUGAUCACAGGUAUGACAAUCUAAAACACGCGACAAACAAAAAGGAUCCCAGGAGGCACAAGUACGAGACAAAGGGACUGUCCAUCGUGAAUCUGUUGUUCAGUGCAGCUAGUGGCGACGUCACCGCGUUAAGAAGACAUCGACUAAGCGGCAUGGACAUGACGCUGUCGGAUUAUGACGGCAGGACAGCCCUGCAUUUGGCAGCCAGUGAAGGCCACCUAGAUUGCGUCGAAUUUCUGAUCGAACAGUGCGCCGUACCUCACGACCCCAAGGACAGGUGGGGAAAACGACCGGUAGACGAAGCGGAAACCUUCGGGCACAUGCAUGUGGUCGAGUAUCUGAAUAAUUACGCGAUAGCCCGUAAAACGGAAUUAGAGAAUACGCAAGAACAAGCCGACAACGAGAAAACGGACUCAAGGAACGUCGUGGAGACCACUGCUCGAACUCCGCUACCUUAAACGAAGAUUUAGAUAGGGUAUUUUUCAUGGGAAACAUGACGCGUGUGUUGCGUGUAUGAUGCGUGCCUGUGCGCGUGUGUGCGUGUGCAUGUGGAUAGGAAAAGAAACACGUGGGACACAUUGUACCAGGACGGUGGAAGUUCAAAGAUCUCCGUUAAUCUAUUAUUUUCGUAAAGUACCGCUGAUUCCAUUCGGUGUUGCGUUCCGACCUUCGAGUAUUAGCUGGCCAAUAGAUGGCUUCCCUACUUUCAUUCUGUGGAACCCCACUGCAAUAUGCUCCCACUGAUAUUUAUAUCUGUUUUUUACAUUGUUUUCCGUGCUUCUUCUUUUAGUGUUAUCGUUAGUUCCGUUCGCGCGGACUCGCCCUCCGUUCUUUUUAAGUUACCGGGGAACAGCGUAUACAUGGCAUUUGUAACAUUAGAUCCGAGAAAUAUUCGGAUUGCAGAGGGUUCGCGGAUAAGGCAGGUGUUUCUUAGGUAGAGAAGAAUGACAGAUUACAGUAUUAUUUGCUGCGCUCGAACUUUCAAGUGGUAAUAAUUUAUAACGACACGCGGAUAGAUGUUUCCGUUAAGGCGUUAAGAAUGUAGAUUUUAAUUUGUCGACAAGUCCAGACGAUUGUACGUGGAAAAGAUGUGCAUUGACGAACAUUUUCAUACGAAUAGCGUUCCAUUCGUUUAUGUGAUACUCGUUCCUAUUCAUCUCUAACGUUUAAGAGUUCGCUCUCGAAUACUUUCGACGAAGAAAUUGUUUCUUCUCUCUCUUUUCCCUUUCGAAUAAAGUUUGGAGCUGAGAAACAUUUUCACGUGACUUAUUUCUGAACGAUAAAAAUCGGUAGAAAUCUUUCUUUCCAAAAAAAUCAAUCUUGCGAGCUAAGAACCGAUCUCGAAUCAAUCUUCCAAAUCUCAAUAUGACCGAACGUCAAACUUCAUUGUCUCAAGCCGGGAUUGUAUAAUGUCGAAGUCUGAUUCGUGAGUCAGUAUGUUCGUGACCUCGAUCUCUUUCAAAAGAAUUUCGUCCGAGAGCGAAGCAGCAUAUUCGGGUUAACAGGAACUGUGAUCCUUUGUGUCCUAUUGUAGUCGAUAGUAAACCAAUGAUUGCGAAGAGAAAUGUAUCGAUGGAAAGGCCACUUCUACGGGGAGAAUGUACGCAGAAGCGUUUUCCGUUUCCUCUGCGAGCAAUAUUUUUCCACUGUCCCUUUAUUGGUUAAAACACCUGACCCUUUACCUGGCAAACGACAAGCGCGAUCGCCAUAUUAUUUACAGUAAUCUAUAGUUUCACGACGCAUUAGAUAUCCUGAAUUUCCCAUACCUUUCAUGUCGUAAGGAAGGAUGAACACUGAAUGAACAUUGAAAGAAAGAUUCACUGAUAUUUUACUAUUCCUAGGAAACGUGUAUUAACACGUUGAAUGUCAUGGGAGUCACCGGUGACCAAAUCGAAUUACUAUAGUUCAUUCAAUGAAACGAUGAUUAUUUGAAAACAUUUCUAUGUUAUACAUAACGCUACCUGAUACGGUGACAUUUAGUUAGAUGAACGUGUAGUAAUCAUAAUGCAAUUCAACCAAACGAUUUAAUAUUAUAUUGUUUCCAUUGUGUGUAUUUUGCUCGGUGGAUUCGUGCAGCGUUCAACGUGUUAAUUGCCAUGAAUAACAAAUUGUCAAGUAAAGGGUUGGCCGUCUCAGCGUCUUUUGUCAAUUACUUGAAAGUCUGCCUUAAUGUCGUCGAGAACGAGGUAGUGAAGUGCACGACGAGCAACGAGUUAUACGUACAUACUCGCGUGAGUAUGUCUGAGAACUGUGCGUACCGAACGGUCCGUGAAUUCACGUCGAAGAAUGCCUAAUGAAUGCGAAUAUAUAAUAAGUAUAUUGGAAAAUACAGAUGUUAUCUCGUCCGAUGGAUCUCGUUUCCAAACACAUCGUUCUCGCGUUAGAAGAGAAUUCUCGAGCGCGAACGCCGCCAUAUCGCGUUCCAAGCGCGUUCUCCGCUCAUGUUAUGUAACUUUUCUCAAAUGUAUUUUCCAAGAGAAGGACAAUAAUAAUUAAUAAUACUUCGAUCGUCGGCAAACGUGAUCGACUUGCCGUCGGAAUCUCAUGCUCUCCGCCGAAUAUCGUUUACGUUCAAACACGAAGAGACAAUAAUUUUCAUCGGUAGUACGCUAUUGUUUCUCAAUUGUACGCGCGAUCUUUUCCCAACGAUCGCGCGCGCUAAGUUCCGGAAGAAUCAAUCGCAGUAUUAGCAGCAGACUCGUGUACAGCUUCAACGCGCAAAAUGUUCGCGGACUCGUCGAACGAUAGUUUGAAAGACGACCAUCUUCGUUCAUGGGGAAAGAAUUUAGAGACUACUUGCACCUACAUCCUUGUACUUGAGUUGCUUGUCAAAUAAAUGUUCAACGUAGA